AUGCGUUUCUUGAGUACCUUUGCCCUCCUCUGUGCAGCGGCUGUGACUCAUGCCAGCUGGGACAUUUCGGAGUAUCACCAAAACAAUUGCAAGGGUGAAGCUCAGGCCGCUGCUGGCAAUGACGUGGCACAGGGCUGUACCUCAAUGGUUGAUGAUAUUAGAGGAGGUGUUCACUCUGUCCGAGCACCUGGCAACGGUUGGAGAAUUACAGUCUAUGAGAACGGAGACUGCUCCGGCCAGCACACAAGUGGAACAAACAAGGUCUGCCUGACUGCCGAUCAGACCUACGGUUCAAUUGACCCAGCCGACACCUUGUGGAGGGCUUAUAAGAUCACAAAGGCUUAA